UUUCAGGAUAAUGAUUCAAGAAAAACACCAACACUUCACUAUCCAUCGACUAAAAUCUUCAUUCAUCUUCCCCAUUUAAUCAUCAUCUCAGAAAGAAACCCUAAUCUUGACUCACUUCCUCCAAUUGCACAUUGUACCCAAAAAUGGCAUCUUUUUAUGCAUCCCCAACUCCCACCUUACAGUUAACAAACACCCAUUUGCCCAAAUCAUGCCCCCCUUCUUCUGCUUCAUCAGUUUCUUUAUCUUCCAGUUUCUUGAAAUCAGGUUCAUUUUUCAAGAUUUCUGUACCCAGAAGCAGCAUCAUGAAGCUAAAGCCUUGUGGGAUUCGAAUGUCGUGGGAUGGGCCUCUCUCAUCUGUGAAAUUGAUCCUUCAGGGCAGGAAUCUUGAGUUAUCUGAAUCUGUGAAGAAUCAUGUGGAAGAUAAGGUGGGAAAAGCUAUUCAAAAGCAUAGCCACCUUGUUAGAGAGGUUGAUGUUAGGCUUUCUGUUAGGGGUGGAGAAAUUGGAAAAGGCCCUAAAGUUAGACGAUCUGAGGUUACCUUAUUUACCAAGAAACAUGGAGUUGUUCGGGCGGAAGAAGAAGCAGAAACUUUGUAUGCAAGUAUAGAUUUAGUAUCUUCUGUAAUCCAAAGAAAACUAAGGAAGAUUAAGGAGAAAGAUUCAGAUCAUGGAAGACAUAUGAAGGGAUUUGAUAGGUUGAAAGUUAGGGACCCACAGAUAUUGAUCAAUCAAGAUUCAGUUGCAGUUCCUCAAGAAGAAGAAGAAGAUGCAAGUGAAGGAUUUUCAGAUGAUCUUGUCCCUAAGAUUGUUCGAACAAAAUACUUCGAAAUGCCACCUUUGACCGUCGCCGAAGCAAUUGAACAACUAGAGAAUGUUGACCAUGACUUUUACGGCUUUCGAAAUGAAGAAACUGGGGAGAUUAAUAUCUUAUACAAAAGAAAUUCAGGAGGCUAUGGGAUAAUAGUUCCUAAAGAAAACGGGGAAACUGCGAAAGUAGAGGAAGUGGAUGCUGAAAUUCUGAGUAAACAGCAUUAGUUUGCAGAACAAAGACUGGAUCACAUACCUCAUGAAUAUGAUUUUAUCAAAAGAAGAUGGUGAUUACUUGCAUAUGCGUGGGCGUUCUUGAUUUCAAGAUUGACUCAAGUUUGAAUCUUUAUGCGCCCAGUUAUGUUAAAACGAUGUGUACUAUGUUUUGUUAUCAUACAAGUGCUAGGAAAACCGAGUCUGUAAUCUUCAAGUCCUAACUAAGUGAAUACUUUGAUUUUACGCUUUCAUGUUCUCUAUGAUCUUGAUUUUGAAUAGGUGAAGGCUGGUUUUUGCA